AACAAAAGUGGUGGAGCUUCUGCUCGGGCCAGCCACCCCGGACUCGCCCGCCCCCAGCGGUCGCCUACAUGGAGCCCGUGGCCAGCAACAUCCAGGUCCUGCUGCAGGCGGCCGAGUUCCUGGAGCGCCGCGAGAGGGAGGCCGAGCACGGAUACGCGUCCCUGUGCCCGCACCGCAGUCAGGGCACCAUCUACAGGAGGAGGAAGCGACCCCCGCAGCCGGCAGCGCUGGACAGCGGACGGUCCGUGCACAACGAGCUGGAGAAGCGCAGGAGGGCACAGCUGAAGCGGUGCCUGGAGCAGCUGAAACAACAGAUGCCCCUGGGGGCCGACUGCGCCCGGUACACGACGCUGAGCCUGCUGCGCCGUGCCAGGACGCACAUUCAGAAGCUGGAGGAGCAGGAGCAGCGGGCCCAACGGCUCAAGGAGAAGCUGCGCAGUCAGCAGCAGAGCUUGCGGCGGCAGCUGGAGCGGCUGGGCGGGCUGUCCAGCAGCGGGGAGCGGGAGCGACUGCGCACACAUAGCCUGGACUCGUCGGGCCUCUCCUCGGAACGCUCGGACUCUGAUCAAGGUGAGUGCCCGAGGCCCGGGUGGCGGCGGGGAAGGGGGGAAGGGGCCCUCCUGACCGGCCUUCCCUGUGCAGAGGAACUAGACGUGGACGUGGACGUGGAGAGCCUGGUGUUUACCGGCGAGGCAGACCUGCUGCGGAGUUUCAGCGCCGGCCGGGAGCACAGCUACUCGCACGGCGCCAGCGCCUGGCUCUGAUGCCGACUGCCCCGGCGCCUGGGCCUCACCUUCCCUGCCUGUCGGCUGAGCCGCAGGAGACGCCCUGCCAAGCCUCCAGCGCUGCUGGGAGUCACUUGUUGUAAUGGACUCAAAGGACCCCGAUGUGGGAGUGGGUGCUAAGCCGCCCCUGCUGGCUGCCAGGGGUACCCCUCAUCUGGAAGCGACUGGGGCUCCCCAGCCCCUGUACAGCAAGGGGGCUGGGGUCCUAGCUUGCCCUUCCAGGCUCUCUCUAGCACUUAUCCUCUGCUGGCCCCAGUGGGGCCAGAAACCACCUGAAUCCUCAUGCCCUCUGCCCAUGACACAGACUGCCCAGUAUUUUCAUUAAAAGCCUCCUUU